ACUCUCGUACUCCACGCGGGCGAGCGCAGCAACAGCUUGACAUGAUAUUUUGUUGCUUCCUAGAAGAGUAGCAAAUUAUAUAUUUUAAUCGAAAGCGUUUAAAGAUCGUACUUAUUUUGUUAAUGAUGGAUUAUAAGGACGAGCAGCACAAUGAAAUUGAAGCCUUGGAGUCAAUUUAUUGUGGGGAAUUGGAAAUUUUAACGACAGAACCGUUUUAUACAUUUGCCAUACCGAUUAAAACGGAAGAAUAUGAAACAGAAACUGUCAAUGGUCUCAGUUGUCGGUUAGAAUUUACAUAUACGUCAAAGUAUCCAGAUGAACCGUUGCUUAUAUCAAUCACCGAACAAGAGAAUUUCGAGGAUGGUGAUGAUGAGAAAUUAAAAGUACAUCUGAUGGAACAGAUGAAUGAAAAUCUUGGUAUGGUAAUGGUUUUUACAUUAGUUAGCGCAGCACAGGAAUGGCUUAAUGUACAGUGGGACAAAAUAAAAGUAAGGAGAGAAGAGACUGCUGCACAAAAACAGAGAGAGGAAGAGGAAGCAGAGAGGAGACGAUUUGAGGGAACUCGUGUAACUGUGGAAUCUUUUCUGAGCUGGAAGGAGAAAUUUGAUGAAGAAAUGGGUUAUACAAAACGAAGAGAAUUGGCAGAUCGUGAAGGAAAAAAAUUAACAGGGAGAGAAUUGUUUAUGACCGAUAAAACUUUGGAUCAAUCAGAUCUCAAAUUCUUAGAUGACGGUGAUGCUGUAAAAGUAGAUGAGAGUUUGUUCCAAAAUCUAGAUGAUUUAGAUUUAGAAGACGAUGAUGAAGAUGACCCAGAUUUUGAUCCAAAUAUCUCGGAUGAUAGUGCCUAAAUGGAUUAAUUUGGUAGUCACUAAUAUGAACUGAUAUGUAGAACAAGUUACAAAAAAAUUUACUAAAUUAUUACAGAAAGUGAAUAAAAAAUAUAUAUAUUUGAAAAUAUAUUUUAAGUACUAGAAUUUCUCUUGUGAGCUGUAUAUCUAGUAAAAAAUGGCAGUGAUAAUUGAACCAUUAUGGUUGAAAUAUUUCCAACCAAUAUUUCACUGGCAGAUAAAAUUACAAAACUGAAAAUAUUUAAAGAACGAAAUAAUUUUUAUACUUAUGUAUAUAUGAAUUUUGUUUACAAGCUUUGUUUAUUAAAGAAACGCGUAUAAUAUC